AUGGGCCCGGCGGAGGCUCCGGCAGGCUGCGCUCCGUUGGCGCCGCGGCUGGUAGCGGCGGCGCGGGAGGAGCUGGGGGCUGGGGCCGGGCGGCGGCGGCGGUUGCCGGCGGCCCGAGCCCUGCAGCUGGCCGGCGAGGUGCUGGCGGUGGCGGCGGGGCUGAAGCCGGCCUUGUUGUACGACUGCGGCGCGGCGGGGAUGGCCGAGCUGCGGCGGUACCUGGCUCGGUUGAGGGAGGCUGGGCUGGCCCCGAGCCGCCUCCAUUUGCUGGGCGCGGAAGGCUCGGCCCUGCUGCUGCACCCGGGGCUCGCCCGGCGGAGGCUGGCGGCUGUGCUGCGGGCACAGCCUGCGCCCUUCGUGGACGUCUCUGCGGGGCGGCAUUGCCCCGUUCUCUGCGGGCCGGCGGAGGCUGAGGCCAUCCGGGGACACCUCUCCGCUCUCCUCGCCCACCUUGGGGCUGCCGAGGCUUCCAGCGCCGGCCCUGUGUCCUCCAGCGAGGUUGUCCCCACAGGCUGGAACCUCUGUACCAUCGUCGGGGUGCUGCUGGGCUACCCGGCGGCAUACACCUUCACCACGGAGGAGGGUGACAACUGUCUGGCAAUGAUACCACUGCGAGUGUUCAGAGUCCAGGCCUCCUGUCCCAGAAUAAGUGACAGUCUGAGAGUCCAGAUCUACUCCUUCAGCAUCCCGGAGAGCCUCUGCACGGAGCUGAAGGAGGUGCUGGACACUUGGUGUGAUGAGCUGAAGGAGGCCUUCAGUGCUCAGCAAGACUUUGCAGACCUCUGCAUUGCGAGCGAGGUGGUGUCGCUUCCAGCCGUUGCCUUGUAGAACACAGACACACUUGGACUUUUCUGGCCCAUCUCUCACUUGCACCAGGGACUGAGGUGAGAGAUCUUCCUGCAAGCACAGCCCCCCGAAUCUCAAGAGCCUCCUGAGCACCAAAGGCUGAAUUUUGACCGUCUCAGGCACUGGAACUUUGUAGGGCAGUUGCAAAUCAAACAAGUGUACUUCCCAGAAGAUGAGCAUGUGGGUGGAUGCACUCACAGCUGCUGUGAAUCCUCCACCUGGACUGCAGAGUGUGCCCUGUGAAGUCAGGGUGGAUUCAUUUGCUGCAGAGAGCUGAGGCUUAAUGAAGCCCUGCAACACCUUGGUGGUCUGAAUUGGUGACGUUUUUGUGGGCUCUGUGUUGUGUUUGUUACACAAGGUGGUGUCACACGCCUUGUAGCUGAGCCUCUGCUUGAAGAAGGGGCAUGUGCUGCCUUAAAACCUGCACACUGCGGCUCCAAAGUGGGCUUAAACUCCCCCUCUCUGUCAAAUAAACGCGGUGCUGUCAGUGGAA